AUGGACCAGUUAGAGAACCAGUACGAUACAUUCUUGGAUUAUCUCGAGGACAAGUAUGAAUGGGGGACUACUUGCCAAGGAGAUCGCAAGAGACUCGUGCCUUGCUCUGCCUUGAAAGAAUAUUGGACGCCGAAAAAGAUUAGAGAGCUGCUUACGGCCGCCAGUAUCAACGAACCCUCCCCUCUCGUUAUCCGAAACAGGUUCUUGCUUGUGAUUUCGAUUCUCUGCUUUACCCGCUACAUUAAACUCCUCCCCAGACUCGUUUCAGAAUCCCAAGAUGACCGUCGUCUGCCCUGGGAAGGCAUACCAGGUCGUGUCCAGGAUGAUCACAAUUUUGAUCGUUUGAAUAAGUUCCUCAAUUCUCAGUGGAGGUUCUGCCCAGCAUUAAUCGUUGGCCCUUUCGCCCCAGCUGGCGACUUGAACCUUCAUAUAGACACUAUAUUGGCCUUCCGGACGACGGAGUCAACUGAGCAGGGCCAAGGAAGAGAACAAAACGUGCACACGAUGGAGGUGCUACAAGGAGCGCACAGUCACCUCUCAACAGACAAUCAUCUGAUACCAAAAUACGUUGUCGUCAAAUCCUUCCCGCCGCACCUUCGCGACGAAUAUCUCAAUGAGAAAGAAUCGUACAGUGUCCUUAAACAUAACACCCCCAAUGUAACCCGACUCCUGGGAAGUUACAGCUGGCUCUCUGAACAAAAACAACGGACCGGCAAUCUCAUACUUGAACACGCAGAGCAUGGCUCCCUCCUCGACUUCUUCGAGAAAAAAUCGCCGCCGUACAAGCCGGACGAAAUAUCCUCCCUAUGGACUGGCAUUGCUGGCAUUGCUAAAGGAAUAGAGUGUAUUCAUGCACGCAAAGGACUCCAUUUGGAUCUCAAGCCCGCCAACGUUGUCGUAUCGUCUGGAGAUGACCCUCGUAACAAGUUCUCUUUCAUCUUUAAGAUCAUCGACCUUGAGUACAGCUACUUUGAUGCUCAAGAACCAGGCCCAAAUGGCUCUAAAACCGCUCGAGUCGUUGAUCGCAAGACAUCCAAGACUUACGCCCCCCCUGAACUCGUCCUGGGCGACGAGAUCACUUACGAUGUCGGGUUGGAGGUUGACCUGUGGUCACUUGGAUGCAUCAUUGUCGAAUGUGCUAUUUGGAUAAGCCUUAGGGAAAGAGGUCGCCUGGAUUUCAUCGAAGGUCGAACGGAAGAAACCAGCUCCCUAAGCGACUACGCGAAAUCUGGUCGCGGAGAUUGCUUCCAUGACGGCAGAGAUAUUUUGGGCUGUGUUCGAGACUUCGGUCAACGUAUUCGAGAUCACGGGCGUCGUGGCGACGAGACAACACCCAAAAUAUUUGAUUUGGCCCUCAGGGAGUUGCUGGUGGAGAAAGACAAGAGGCAGCCCGCGCGGUCUAUUUAUUCAGCGAUGAAGCCAAUAAUCGAUACGGAACCCAAUAGACGAGCGACCUCGCUUCCAGGCCCAACGAACGGGGUGUUGACUACGCGGCACGGCUCGAUAACUGGACAGCCGAUGGUAGCCUCUCCCACAUCAGAGCAAGAACAUGCCUCGUCUUACACGUCUCGGGUUGAUCUGGAAGCUCGAUCGCCAGUUUCAAAGUCCAACCUUGUGUCAACUGCUGAGCACGGAUUAUCCCGAAAAGAGAGAAAAAAGAGCGUUCCCACGAUUGACGAUGUAAGCGAAUGGAUCGUUAAAAAGAAAAUCAACGGGAACACGCCAGAGUUGCCGGGAUGGGAAAGGGUUCGAGCUCAGCUUAAUGGCCGCGACUUCAUCUUCGUUAUCGACAAUUCUCGGACGAUGCAAGCCUACGAGGACCAGGUCAAGAAUUUUGUCCACUGUCUUGCAUAUCUCGCCAAGAGACUCGACCCGGAUGGGGCAGAAAUCAUGUGUACAUCAGACCCGAUGAAUCGAGCGAAAUUUAAACACGCCACCGGCCACUCCAAUUUUGUUACGGAGAAUUUCAGUCGAGGGAGGGGGGAAAGCUGCAAUAUGGAGUUUGCCCUUGAGCAAGCACUCGGUCCAAUCGGUGACCAGUUGCAGAAUUCUGCGUCGAAAAGCAGCACUGGGCGAACAUCAUGGCGUAGUCUUCCUGGGAGACUCACCGGCCGCAUGAAACCGGUCACAGUUGUUGUGUUCACUGAUGGGAUCUGGGGCUUUUCCCUCGGAGGCGGCGCUGAGAACCCAAUCAAAGCACUCACAAGUAAAAUAAUAGGCCAUGGGGUCAGCCGAUCAACGGUUGCUAUACAGUUCUUGAGAUUUGGGUCGAGUCCAGAUGGCGAACGAAGGUUGAAAUUCCUAGACGACGACUUGCCGAAUAACGACAGGAAUUCAAGAAUCGACAUCGUCGACACUAAACCUGUCACUGAGAGUAUUUGGGAUAUACUGAUUGGCCCUGUGGAUGAGCAUGUGGAUGGGACAGCCAGACAUUCGUCAAGUCCAUGA